GGGGGAUUUCGAGCGAUUUUUAGGGGCGAUGGAGGGAUUUGGGGUCUGUUUUGGGGUAUUUCGAGUGGGUUUUUUUGGGCAAUGGAGGGAUUUUGGAGCUGUUUUGGGGUAUUCCGAGCGGUUUAUUGGGGCGAUGGAGGGAUUUGGGGUGUGUUUUUGGGGUGACGCGCGCCCCGCGCAGCUCUUCGAGGCGUCGUCGUGCUCGUUCUCGUACCUGCUGGCGGACGCGGGCUCGGGCGACGCCGUCCUCAUCGAUCCGGUGCUCGAGACGGUGCCGCGAGACACACGGCUGCUGCGCGAGCUCGGGCUGCGCCUGCGCUACGCUGUGAACACCCACUGCCACGCCGACCAUGUCACCGGUUCCGGGGCUCUGCGCCGCACCCUCGGCUGCCGCUCCGCCAUCUCCCGCGCCAGCGGCGCCCGCGCCGACAUCCUGCUGGGCGACGGGGACGAGCUGCGCUUCGGGGCCUUCGCCCGCGCCAGCCCCGGGCACACCCCCGGCUGUUUGACCUUCGUCCUCGACGACGCCUCAAUGGCCUUCACCGGAGACGCUCUCCUCAUCCGCGGCUGCGGCCGCACCGACUUCCAGCAGGGCUGCCCCCGCACCCUCUACCGGUCAGUGCACGAGAAGAUCUUCACGCUGCCGGACAGCUGCCUGGUCUACCCCGCGCACGACUACAGCGGGCACUCGGUGUCCACGGUGGGUGAGGAGCGGCGCCACAACCCGCGCCUGACGCUGAGCCCCGACGCCUUCGUGACGCUGAUGGAGAACCUGCAGCUGCCGCGCCCGCGGCUCAUGGACGUGGCUGUUCCCGCCAAUCUCCGCUGUGGGAUCCAGGAUGACGUCACCGAGACCACGCCCCCUCCCUAGGAGGCCCCCGCCCCGUCACGUGAUCUCCCUCCCUCACACUUCCCCCCCUCCAAUUAAAGGAAACGAUUGAGCAGCGAAGAGUGGGGGG